AAUAUAAUUGAACCUGUUAAAAAAGAUAAAUAACACUAAUACCGAUAAAACCUAAUUACUGAUAAGAGGCUCAAUUAUAAAAUUCAGAGACAGAUACUGCUAUAUUUUCUAAUUUAAAAAAAAUCAUGAACCUGCUCGGAUUUGUGUUUUCGCUGUUUAUCAUUGGAGUUUCCUCAAAAUGUCAACGUUGUUUUGGAGAGGAUUUUAUGUGGGGAGCAGCAACUUCAGCACAUCAAAUUGAAGGAGCAUGGAAUACCAGUGGCAAAGGUGAAAACGUGUGGGACUGGUUUACCCAUAACUAUCCAGAAAAAGUACGAAAUGGUAGCAAUGCCGAUAUUGCUACUGACUCGUAUAAUAAAUACCAAGAGGAUGUAGAUCUAUUAGGUAACCUCGGAGCAAAUUUUUAUCGGUUUUCUUUGUCAUGGAGUAGAAUAUUACCUAAUGGAACUACUAACAACAUCAAUCAGGAGGGAGUAGAUUAUUACUUAAACGUCUUAAAAGCCCUACAAGAAAAAAAUAUCACCCCAAUAGUCACACUCUACCACUGGGACCUUCCAAUAUCCCUACACGAAAUGGGAGGUUGGAACAAUCCAUUAGUAGCUGAUUAUUUUAAUGAUUAUGCCACUUUAUGCUAUAGUCUCUUUGGAGACUAUGUUAAAUACUGGUUAACCUUAAAUGAGCCCAUUUCACAAUGUUAUUAUGGUUAUGGGUCUGGUGGUCACGCUCCUGGAUACACUGAGUCUGGUACUAUGACCUAUAUGUGUGCAUAUACUCAGUUAUUGGCUCAUGCAAAAGCAUAUAGGAGCUAUAAUGAGACUUUUAGGGCUAAACAAAAUGGUAAAGUUGGAAUAGUACUUGUAACACUAUGGUACGAGCCUGCAACUGAAAGUGAUGCCGAUAAGCAAGCAGCCGAAUGGGCUAUUCAAUGGGCUCUUGGUCUCUUUGGACAUCCCAUUUUUAUUGGUAAUUGGCCUCAAAUGGUUAUAGAUAGAAUCGGAAACCUGAGCGUAGCUCAAGGAUUUAACACAUCCAGACUGCCAGCGUUUACUGAGACUGAAAUAGAGUUGAUUAAAGGAACUUAUGACUAUCUGGGACUUAAUUACUACACCACACUAUUAGCUUCACCAUUACUGGACUUUACAGACUACGAAAAUGUUACUGUUGGAUAUGGUUAUGAUCGAAAUGUGCUUUCCAGUUAUGACCCAAGCUGGACCCAAUCGCCGGUGUCCUGGGUAACACUCUUUGAUGUUCCAGCAGGAUUUAGGGCCAUGCUUAAUUGGGUGGCCAAUAAUUUUGGGAAUCCUCCGGUUAUAAUAACUGAAAAUGGCUGGUCUACGUAUAUUGAUCUUUUAAAUGAUACUGAUAGGAUUCAAUAUAUUAAGGGUCACUUAUGCAGUAUUUAUAAAGCCAAAUAUGUGGAUAAAGUAAACCUUUUCGGCUACGCACAUUGGAGUUUAAUGGAUAACUUUGAGUGGUCUUCAGGUUAUUCGGAAGGUUUCGGAUUGGUAUCAGUAGACUUCACAAGUCCUAAUAGAACCAGAACUCCAAAAGCAUCUUACUAUUACUAUCAAAAGAUCAUUAAGUCAAACUGUCUGGAACAUUGUUCUCUAAACAAUUAAUUUGUAAAUUAUUAAUAAUAAACGAUCUAGUUUGGUAUCAUAUAAA